AAAUACAAUAAUAAUAUUCAACAAAAAAAAAUGACAUUUUAGUAAAAUCAUAUGGCAUUCCCUUCAGCCAAAAAAAAAAAAAAAAAAAAAAACCUAAAUCCAUGUGCCACGUGCUUGACAUUUUUGGCAACAAGGACAUGAAGGAGACAUGAGUACAUGUUAGGUCACAUGCUGUCAAGGCUCCAUUGUGAGUUUAUUUAAUAUAAAAAAAUAUCAUUGUACAUCCAAAAGUGUUUUCUAAAGUUUUUGGUCAUUUUUAAUGCGCAUUUUGUAAAAAAAAAGGACUGAGGGUGGAUCCCCGAUCGUGAACAGACUACAGAGGGCCCCGUUUCUGCUACCUCGCAGUGUUAAGUGAUGGCAGAGAUGAAGAAUAUAUGUCAUAGAUGGUUGUGGAAAUCAGGUAUUUGGGUACAUUAUGCAAGAUAUGAUCCAUACUUCAACCAGAGUUCAGGAAAGAUGCCACUGCCUUUUGGCCUCACUACAAUGAUAAGCAGGGAUGCUCCAAAAAUUAUGACUAAACAGGUCAAGUUCGGUUAUGUGUAGAAAGUGUCAGGUACCCAGAAAAAGAAGAGUGUUGUUGAUUUUCACUUGUGCUACAAUCAUUGAUUUGGAAUUCCAAGAAAGAAACAAUGUUAAAGAUUGUUUUAAUGUUUUUUGAAACACUAAGACAUGGUUUAACUAUUGUCCAGACAGAGAAGUUGCAUCUGAAUUUGUGUCAAGUUUUUGAUAUUUUUCCAUGUGAGUUCCAAAUAAAAUAUAGUAGCACAAGAUUAAAUGUAAUGUUAUUAAAGCUUUUUAAUUUUUUUUUUUUUUGUUUUUUUUUUGUAAACACAAAGACCUUUUAACUAUUUUUCAGAAAGUAAAAAAAAAAUGCCAAAAAUAAUUUACCCUAAUAAGACAAUGUCAGUUAUAAAUGACGAAACCCUAAAAAAGGUCAAAUGAUGCUCAAAUACAGUUGUGUAAUUUUUAAUUUUUGUACAGUUGUGAAACCAGUUGUGCAAUUUUUCCUUUUAAAAAGUGCUUGCUAGUAAAGAUCCUGACAUUUCUGAAUCUACGUUCCACAAUCUCCAAAUGACAUCCAGUUGCUUGUUAGCACUAAGAAACCAGUAUGUUGCUGACAGUUUAAAACUGCCAUACUGAUAGUAUUCUUUUCCUGCUCCUUUAAGAACAGAUUAAAGUUUUUCUUUUCAGUGUGAAUUGUCACAAUGUAAUGCAGGCUUUGCAAGCAGGCUUUGUUACUGAUUGAUGGGGCAAAUUAUGUUGGCAAUUUAAGCCUAUUACACAGGCCAUCUUUAUGUUGAGACAGACAUAGGCCUGCACAGUCCUUUUUACAGAUCACUUGAAGAGGAAGAGAAAAAUGGCCAAGCAGUGGAGCAAAUGAUUAAUUAACUUUUCUUUUCACAGAAUCAGAAGAGUUUCUCCCCCAAAGAAACAGAAAAACGUUCUGAUGAUUCAGGGACACUUAAAGUGAUAUAAAUGUUUUCAAAAUAAACAAUAAAAAAACUAAAAUUAUAAUUUCAUGUUUAUGAGACAUUUAUCAUUAAAUGAUAGCGACGACCAGUCUCUUUAAGAGUCUGUAAAUCUGCAAUGGAGUUUUCUCUGGACAAUGACCAUGGAUGAACUGAUCCCAACAUCCAGUCAAGAAGAAAACAUGCCAGCGGUCACAGUUUCUGUAAAAAAGCAAUACCAUCUUACUCUUUGUUUAUUGUAUUGUAUAUCAGUGUAGUUCCAGUUGUUUAAUUGUUAGCCUACUGUAUGUGCUAAAUCCUGAUGCGAUCAACGUUUUUAAGAACGUCACCGAUGUGGGUGCGGCAUAUGCGGAAGAAGUGAGUAGCGUCUGCCUGCACAACCGGAGGCUGCAUUUUCAGGACCGCAUUUCUAGGACCCUACAUUUUAGUGACAACGCCACCUACCGAAUUACAGGACCAGUGACCGCAUGCUUUUCGGAAGAGUAAACACAUAACAAUCCAAGAAGGAAGAUCCUUUCCUGGACUUAAGAGAUGCACCACAUACUGCAAGGAGUUCCUCUGCCCGUUCUGCAGUUCUGCUUUGUUUCACCCAACAAAGUGGAGCAAAGUGAAAUCCCAUUUGGAGAGCCAUUUCAAAUGUAGUUCUCUAUGAAGGUAACAUUUGCAAACAUUCUUUUGGGAGAUGCAAUGUUAUGAUUAAUUCAAUUUGACCUCAAUUCCUAGAUCUUCCUAGAUCAAUUCCUAGAGGGGAGAGCAUCCAUUGGUAGGUAGUGCUGCUGCAUACUUCACAAUCUGUGCUUUAAAUUUUUAAAGGUCAGGAAAAGUCAUGUCAGUAACAUGUUAUUUCUAUUCAGAUUUCUUGCAUCUCCCUCUAUUUUUUUUUUUUUUCUCAAUUCAGAUGGGCUUUAUUGACAUGAAAGUUUCAAGAACCUUUGUUCCCACAGUAUCAAAAUAUUUUUUUUCCAAAUCUUUGAACAGUAUGCAAUAACAGUAAUAUGAACGUUAAUUGGUAUGAAGAUUGAUAUAAUUAUUUUUGUAUCGUAUAUAAUGUGUGUGCUCUGUGGUGACUAAGAUCUUUUAAAUAUGACAUUUAAAAUUAGAGAGUUGAACAUGAGAGUUGUUCCUUAUUUCAUUCACUUCUCUCUCUCUCUCUCAGGAGUCAGUGAGGACGUUGUCGCUGAAGUUCUUUCUGUGUGGUUCACGUCAUGAACAAAUUUGUUUUUGUGUGUUCAACUGUUGUAAUAUAUUAUUUUAUAAAAUAUACACAAUCUUAAAUCUACCCCCAGAGUCAUCCUUGUGUUUCCCCUCUGUAGUUGGAAAUGUGGUUCAUGUAGUGACUGAAAAGCUAUACCAUGAUUACUUAUUUUACUUGAUGAGUUAUUAUAUUAUACUAGUUAGUCACAAUAAUUACUCAACAUUCAGCUCGUAGCAACCAGGUUUAAUUGCAAGAAUGAAAGUAGUAUUUGGGUGUUAUAAACCUUUAAAAACCUCUAAAACUGUUAAGUAGUUAUAAUUGGGUGGAAAUACUGCCUUGGUGGCACUUUUUUUUGGUCCUCCUAAACUAGGGUCCUGGAAACGCGGUCCUCCGAUUCGGUAGGUGGCGCUGUCACAAAAAAAACGAGGGUCCUGGGAAUGCGGUCCUGAAAGUGCAGCCUCCGGUAUUGCAGACGGAUAAUAUUAGAAGAAGUAGCCUACAUAAAAUGGCGGUUUAAAAACAAGUAGGUCAAAGAUGGUGUUUUUUGUUUUGUUUUUUCAAGCUGUACGACAUGACAAAGGAGUUUGUGAUUGCCAUUUUUCUUUUCGUUCUUUGUACACUUCUCGGGCUUGGAAAAGCUUGUGGGCCGAGUGAAUAUAAAUCAGCUAUUGGGGAGUGUUGUCCGAUGUGCAAUAUUGGAACAGUAGUUCGCCGUGACUGUAUUGGGGAUUUGAGCACCUCAUGCCAACCUUGUGCUCCAGAAACAUUCAUGAAUGAACCUAAUGGUCUUCAUACAUGCUUCCCAUGCAAAACCUGUGCUGAAAGUCAAGGACUUUACAUUCAGAGUAAAUGCAGCACAAUAAAAAACACCAUCUGUGAUGUGCUUGAUGGUUAUUACUGCAGGGAUUACUCCAAUUCACAGUGCCUUCAUGCUCUAAAACACAGUGUUUGUGCACCAGGACAAGAAACAAAAUCACCAGGAACAAAGACAUCAGAUACAGUUUGUGUGGACUGCCCACCUGGGUUUUAUUCUCCAUCAGGUCUGAACUGCAUCAGGUGGACAGAUUGUACAGCUAGGAAUGAAAUAGAAGCAGAAAAGGGCAGCUCUGAAAAAGAUGUCACAUGCACACCAAAAAUACGGGAAAGAUAUGGUCUCAUACUUGCAGUGGUUUUAACAUCACUGCUCUACAUAAUUCUACUCCUGAUCUCACAGAGCACAAGUUGUAAACUUAAACAUCCUAUUGAAGAAACAACCCCUGCAGAUGCAACAUAACACACCGGAGGAUAUGAAUCACUUAUGGGAGCGUGACAAAACUUCUCCGUAUGCUGUGACCUUGACGUGGUGGAGAAGCUUGAGUACCUCUGGGAACUUGUCCCAGUGCAAGCUUUUACUUACCCUGAUCACACCAGGGUAAUCCCACGAGGGCAGACUAACAACAGCAAACUAGUAGCAGCUCGAGACUAACCGUGCAUGAACAGCAAUAUCAUUAAAAGACCAACUCAUCUCUGUCACAACAAUAAAAUAGACUGCAAAAAGUGAUUCAUGAUACAGCUAAAAUGGAAAAGGUCACAUACACAUACAAGUCAGUCUCAAUUGCAAAAAUGUAAAUGUUAAUGUACAAAAUAACUUUGUACUGAAUUACGUUGUUUUUCAAUAGUGGUUUUAACCUCAUUUGCUUUUUUAAAAAAAAAUAAAAAAAAUUCUGUUUGCCUACUUCUCUCUCUAUAUGCAGACACCUGAAUAGAUAUGAUUGGCUGCACUAUAUUUUAAAUACAUUAAUUGGUCAUUCUCUGCUUAUAUAACAGUAGCCCCAAAAAGUACUUGGACACCUUUGGGUUCCAUAAGCAACACUUAAAUGUAUAAAAAAUUAAUUUCAUAUAUCUAUUGUUUUGUCACUUGUUUUUUUCUUAAAGCGUGCAUUUGCUCUUUCAUAAUAUAAAUAUUUUAUAAUUAAAAAAAAACAUUUAUUGCAUUAAAGGUGCAGUAAGUAAAUUUUGAACAACACUGUUGGACAUUGUUGAUAUUUGAAAUCAACCCAAAAAAAAACACCCCCCUCUUCAUUGCUCCGCCUCCAAAACUCACCCUCCAAUCCUAACCACCCUGCUCCGAGUUGAUCUCGAACCCCAGCCCGAUCACUGCUGGCAGACAAGGAGAGUGCACUAACAGUGACGCUAAACACUUCAUUCUUUAGUGGUCGUCAGUGUGCAGUGGUUUAACUGCACAACUCUCACUAUCUGGCCACUUUUACACAUGCAAUGCGAGUGGAUGCCUGUUUAUCACAGCUGACGUGCAACAAAAUGCUUCACGAAAAAUAAAGCGCAGUUGAUGAACAAAUGACAAGGAAGCACAAAAAAUGAACGUACAGAAAGCAAGUAGCGGGAUCAAAGCAGCCUCUGCGUCUGUUUGCAGGCCUUCCCACUUAGCUCUCUCUAGCACUGGAAAGCUUUUCUAAUAUUAUUGCGGGUCCUAAAGCGCUUCUCCAAUCAUAAACCUUUAUUCCAGUGAUAUUCUUUUGAGCUCUUUUGUAUUGUGUCCCAUCUCUCGUUCUGCAGUUUUUUUUUCUCAUUUUCAAAUCUCCCUCUUGCUCGUUCUCUCUCCUCGACCGUCAUACGCCUCCUAAUGCUGAUUGGUUACACGUUUGUUGCUGGUGUCUGCCCGACUAACUUCCAAACAGUGUUUUUGAAAUUCUGCUGAGUCCACCUUUAAGUGUGACCAAAUUUUCCAAAUACUUUUUUGGGCUUCUGCAAUUGAAGAAGGUUGAGGCAUUGCUGUUUUUUUCAAGCUACUGCAAUGUGCAGGACAUUCUCCUAUUGGAGGAAGGUGCACUGCUUAUUCCCAGACAAGCUGGUAAGCUUGUAACCCCCAGUACCAAAUUACCAAUAACCAGUUAACAGAUUUUGUCAGUUUUCACAAGUGGUAUAGAGUGGCAGCUGCAGGAACAAAGAGAAAUUUAGGGAAAAACAGAACUACAACUUUUGUAGUUACUUAUUGCCUUAUUUAUCUUAUCAGAGUGACCUUGAUGAUAUAAAUUUGUACAACUGGUAUUGAGCAUUGCUGAUAAAAACUGUAUUAUAACAGUAUUGUAAUGUUUACGAUAACUGAUUAUGAGCAUUAAUUCCUAUUCUGUAUUUUGUAAAGAUCACAUUUUAUAUUUUUAUACGAUGUGUAUGUGUACAAUAUCUAAUGAUUUAAGUUCUUUUCUGGUUUGGUCUGUUGUAUGUUUCAGUCUGACAAAAAAAUGCAAAUGUUGACCUUAAAUAUUUAGGGAAAACAUGGAUCCUUUUGUGACAUCCAAUGUGUGUAAUUUCAACCUAUGAAACCAGUAAUCUCUGAAGAAAUGAAAUCACAGUGUUGAGAGAUUAUGAUGAUUAAUCAUUUGGUGUUUACAUUAAAAUCUUGGCUUCUGUGAUUGA